UGGAAGCCUAAAAGGGUGGUGGGAGGCCGCAGACGGGUGAGGGGGUGUACGGAGGGAGGGGCUUUAGUGCAGAGAAAAAAGGGAAGGUGAAGGAGAAGAAUGCAUUAGACUGAGGGAAAAUAAACCAGAGAGAUCUCAUUCAAGACGUGAGCAGAAUUCAUCCAGACUGCCGUCAAACAGGAUCAAGAUGUUGCAGGUGUCCAAGGUCAUGUCCCUCCUCCUCCUCCUCCUCUGUGCGAUGGAGCUCGUCUUCGCCACAUCCGUCAGUCCUUCACUGCGUCCGCCUCCUCUCACGCGCGUCCGUAUCAUUGAAGUGGAAGACGACUACGACGAAGAAAGUUCGAAGACGACGCACGCGCCCCGGUCUCCAGGGGUCGCGACCUCUCGCGUGAUCCGCAGACCUUGCGAUUACGACCCCUGCGUGGUUCAAACGACCCCUUGCGACCAGAUUUCGGCCCAGACGGGCUGCCUCUGUCCCGGGCUGACGGGGCCGGAGGAGAGGCCCGAGCCUCCGGAGCUCCGGGAGGUGAAGCAGGACGGAUCCGGGGAGGUGUUAGUCCGGUGGUGCGCUCCUCGCUCCACCGUCACGCAUUACGAGAUCACGCUGAAAGGCGAACACAAGCAGCUGGUUUUCGGAGAACAUUUAAGAAAGGGCGCCGUUCCCGGACUGAGAGUCGGGGAGACCGUGUGCGUGGCGGCCGGGAAUCAAGCGGGACUCAGUGAGAAGUCGUGCGCUCGGUAUGAGCCGCCGCAGCCCGACCGGGCCGCUCUGAGCGCAGGGAUCAUCGGCGGGAGCGUCGGACUCCUGCUGCUGCUCUCGGCGGGAGCCGUUGUGCUCUGGAGGCGAAAGACGUGUCGGAAAGGCAGGAUGGGAGAUGCGGAGGGCCUCGAAAUCCUUCAUACACCAAUGACGGAGCGCUGUGAUGAGGAAACAAAUACAUGGAGUACGAAACAAGCUGCAAAGACACUGAGUUUUAGUGCACUAUUAAUCAAAAACUGGAAUAAAUAUGUGUAUGUAUGUAUGUAAUUAUGUAUAUAUGACCACAAAAGCUUAUAGCGCUCUUAUAUUUGUAGCAAAUAGCCAAAAAUACAUUGUAUGAGGCAAAAUUAUACAUUUUUCUUUCAUGCCAUGAUUAGAAUAUUAAGUAAAGAUCAUGUUUCAUGAAGAUAUUUUGUAAAUUUACUACUAAUUUUAAAUAUAUUACAUUUUUUUAUUAGUAAUAUGCAAUUCUAAGAACUUCAAAUGCAAUUUUGUCAGGUUUUUUUUUUUUUGCACCUCAGAUUACAUAUUUUCAAAUAGCCAAAUAUUGUAUAUCCUAUUCUAACAAACCAUAAAUCAAUACAAAGCUUAUUUAUUCAGCUUUCAUGUGAUGUAUAAAUCUCGAUUUUGAAAAAUUCACCCUUAUGCUUGGUUUUGUGGUCCAAGGUCACAUAUAUACGUGUACAUACAUAUAAACUUAAUUAUUCCAAACUUCUGGCCAGUAGUGCAUAAAGUGGACAGUUAUUGUGCACCUGACUGAAAAUAAUGUUCUCUGUUUUGGGCUCACUACUAAACUGCUGUGAUUGGCUCAGAAUUGUUUGUAUUGUUAGAUUGUGAGUGGUUUGAAUGUUUAAAGUCAACGUGCAAUCAAAUCUCUUUACUUUCAUAAUUCACAUUGGCGCUCUUAAUGUGAGCUAUUCAUCGGUGCACGCUGGUCGGGGGAAAAUAAUAUAUGCAUCUUUCAUAAAAAAAAAAAAAAAAAGAUCUCUCCACUUCUGACAAGACUUUCCAAAAGUCAUGAUCUUUUUCAAAAGUGAAUGCAUUCAAAUACAAAUACACUCAUUACUUCAGUUCCUCGUGGACACAAUGGCAUAUAUGUACAGUUUUUAACAACUAAAUAUAAUUUUCACUCAAAUGCAUCACAUUAUGGAAGUCAAAUUUGCUUUGAUUGUGAGUUUUUGCUGACUUUAGCACUACUAAUUGUUCUACGGCACUUAGGAAGCCUGGAGCUUCAUUAAGCUAGACAGGGUUUUUAUAAAGUAUCUGUUGUACAGCUACUUUUACUUAGAGAGUUUGGGAGUAACUAUUUUAAAGAUCAUUGAUAUUAUUUUUAACAAUAAAGAUAUUUUAAUUGCUUUUA